AACUCCAGUGAAAUUUGCCGGGGGGAAGCAGCACCAGGGUUUCUGCAGCUCAUUUCUGUGGCUGCAGGAUAUUUUAUAAAGUGGAGGGGACCACUUAGAGGCACUCUUAGCCCAGGAGAGGAACUUCAGCACAAAGAGCGAAGGAACAGAGGUCACCCCCAAAUCAUCCUACCACUAACUUUGAGGAAAGCCACUCACUGAAGGGUAGCUGCUAGAGAGGAGUUGGCUCUGAGAACGGAGACCUUGGAACAUGGAAAGAUCCCUUGGUUUCAUCUAUAACCACUGCAUUGUUAUGCUGUUCCUCUUCAGUUCCCUGAGCUCGCUAGGUCUUGCCCAGUAUGGGUACUGGCCAUACUCUGGCUACCCUGAGCAACCUGCACAAGAACAACAUCCUCAGCGGCCAGCGAAUGUCCCCAAGAUUCAGCUGCGGCUGGCAGGGCAGAAGAGGAAGCACAACGAAGGGCGAGUGGAAGUGUUUUACAAUGGCGAGUGGGGCACAGUGUGCGAUGAUGACUUCUCCAUCCACGCUGCUCACGUAGUGUGCAGAGAGUUGGGCUAUGUGGAGGCUGUGUCCUGGCUCCCAGGCUCGAAACAUGGAAAGGGAGAAGGCAAAAUCUGGCUGGACAAUGUCCAUUGUACUGGCAGAGAGACCACUUUGGCAGAAUGCAACUCAAAUGGUUGGGGAGUCACUGACUGCAAGCACACCGAAGAUGUAGGAGUGAUUUGCAGUGAAAAGCGAAUCCCUGGCUUCAAGUUUGACAGUGCAUUGCUCAACCAAAUAGAGAAUAUGAACAUCCAGGUGGAAGAUGUAAGAAUCCGAGCGGUUCUCGCUACCUACCGCAAGCGCGUGCCAGUCACGGAGGGUUACGUGGAGGUGAAAGAAGGAGGGAACUGGAAGCAGAUCUGUGACAAACACUGGACCACAAAAAAUUCCCGAGUCAUCUGUGGCAUGUUUGGCUUUCCAGGCGAGAAGAAAUAUAACGCCAAGGUCUACAAGAUGCUUGCCAAAAAGAAGAAGCUAAGCUACUGGGGUUACUCCGUGGAGUGCACUGGCAAUGAGGCUCAUAUCUCCAGCUGCAAACUGGGCAGUCGUCUCAAUGUGGACAAUAAAAAUAAUGUCACCUGUGAGAAUGGGAUGCCUGCUGUGGUGAGCUGUGUGCCAGGCCGGGCCUUUGCUCCCAGCAGCAAUAAUGGCUUCCGAAAAGCUUUCAGGCAGGAGCAGCCCUUGGUCAGGCUGAGAGGUGGGGCCAAUACUGGAGAAGGAAGAGUUGAAGUGCUGAAAAAUGGGGAAUGGGGAACUAUUUGUGACGAUAACUGGAACCUGAUUUCAGCCAGUGUGGUCUGCCGAGAGCUGGGCUUUGGGAGUGCCAAGGAAGCUAUCACAGGUGCAAAGCUUGGGCAAGGGAUCGGUCCUAUUCACCUAAAUGAAAUAACAUGUACAGGGUCAGAAAAAUCCAUCACGGACUGCAAGUUCAAUACGGAGGCGCUGCGUUGUAAUCAUGAGGAAGAUGCUGCUGUAAGGUGCAAUGUUCCAGCCAUGGGUUUCCAGAAUCAGCUGCGUCUGAGUGGUGGCCGCAACCCAUACGAGGGCCGGGUAGAAGUCCUCAUGGAGCGCAAUGGGACCUUGAAGUGGGGGACAGUCUGCAGCGAGAACUGGAGCACCGUGGAAGCUAUGGUGGUUUGUCGCCAGUUGGGCCUUGGUUUUGCUAGCCAUGCCUUUCAGGAAACUUGGUACUGGCAUGGAGACAUCAGUGCUGAUGAUGUCAUUAUGAGCGGCGUGAAGUGUUCAGGCACGGAGAUGUCCCUGGGUCACUGUCGGCAUGAUGGUGCCAGAGUUUCAUGUCCCAGGGGUGGUGGCCGCUUUGCUGCAGGAGUUUCCUGCUCAGAAACUGCCCCUGACCUGGUGCUCAACGCUGAGCUGGUGGAGCAAACCUCCUACCUGGAGGACCGGCCAAUGUUCAUGUUGCAGUGUGCGCUGGAGGAGAACUGCCUGGCUUCCUCUGCCGCCAACACAUCCAUUACCUCAGGCUACCGGAGGCUCCUGCGGUUCUCCUCCCAGAUCCACAACAACGGGCAGUCUGACUUCCGCCCAAAGAAUGGCCGCCACGCCUGGAUCUGGCAUGACUGUCACAGGCAUUAUCACAGUAUGGAAGUCUUCACACACUAUGAUCUGCUGAACCUCAAUGGGACCAAGAUAGCUGAAGGACACAAAGCCAGUUUCUGUUUGGAAGACAGUGAAUGUGAAGCAGAUGCGCAGAAACAGUAUGAAUGUGCCAAUUUUGGUGAACAAGGGAUCUCAGUUGGAUGUUGGGAUGUGUAUCGCCAUGAUAUUGACUGCCAGUGGAUUGAUAUUACUGAUACUCCACCAGGAGAUUACCUCUUCCAGGUGGUCAUCAAUCCAAACUAUGAAGUUGCGGAAUCUGAUUAUUCAAACAAUGUGAUGAAAUGCAGGAGCCGAUAUGACGGCCAGCGCAUCUGGAUGUAUAACUGCCAUAUAGGUGGCUCCUUCAGCGAAGAAACAGAAGAGAAGUUUGAUCAUUUCAGCGGACUGACAAAUAAUCGCGUGUCCACUCGAUAGAACAGCCUUGCCUCGCCCCCCACUCUAUUUAAGGAAGCAGGGAUGCCUCUCAGUGACUUCCCUAACCACUGCACAGAAAAAGAAUCAAGCAAGCAAUCAUGAACUUAAGUUAGCUGUGUAAGUUAUUUUCAGUGAUGCCCUCCAUACUUAUUCCAGGUGCUCAGCACAAUAAGGAGUUAACUCUGUAAUCCUCAUCCUUAAUGUUCUGAUUUUGGACCAGGCUGUAGUUCCACUAGGCCCUACUCCUCUAAAAAUCGGGCUGCAUAUUCAUCUAUCUGUCCAGUCUUACCUUUCACUAGAGCUCCCUUCCUCUCUUUCAAAUCUUCUAGGCUGCAGCUAGCAGAUUAUGGGUAUGGUGGUUGCAUUUGGGUGAUGAUAAUAGGCAUGCAUUUCUGUAUUCCACUUUUAAAUGCACUUCAACCUUGGCUGCCUUAUCCCCUUCUCGCAAUAUUUUAGCUUUAAGUCAAGUCUGAGCAUGCCCCGAUGCAAAAACCUACAUUUGUGAUAUAGCUUCUUGGAAAUAAUGCCAUACAAAUACCCAGUUUAGCAAGGAAGUGGCCAGUAUGUCUGUCUAAGAGAAAAACUGGAGCAGCCUUUCUGAGAAAAGAGGGGAGAAAGCGUAAUGUAAUGCUGUGGCACAAUUUCUAGAUCCAAAUACAACUUGCAUCGCAAUCUUCUUAACAUCUAAAGCAGGCCCUCUCAGCACUGUGUACUUACACAGUGCUGAGAUUCCCAGACCUCUACGAAGCAACAACUCAUUCAUGAAAUCUCGUAUGCCUCCUUGUGGCAAGAGUCCACUAGAAUAUAUUUAUUUUCCACAGCAAGAUAAUUCACCCAAUCCUGCAUGCAGCUGUAUAUUUCCUUCCAGCACCUUUAAGCUGGAUAUUAGAUUGGUGCCUUUUCUGUAAAAGAUGUUAAAGUGCGACACCAAUAUACUUUGCAAAGAUAACUUAUUGGCCUUUUCUGUCACAGAUCUGGACCACAUGCUAUGUCAGACCACCCAUAAGUUGAUAACUUUUACACUUCCAUAACUGCAUAUUGGUGCUAACUGUACUCCUCUGUUUGUUUGAGGCAGAACAGUGUUUGCAGACACACACCUACUUGAAAUAAAAAUCUGUUUUGGGCAGAAGAAUGCUUUAUAUGCAAUGUAUGUGUAUUUUUGCUGAAUUCUGUCUCCUCUCCACUGUGUGGGUAGAGCCAAGGACUGUGUGUGUCAGGAUCUUUGGGUUCUACUCCCACUGGAUUGGACUUCAGGGAAAUCGUGUAGAGAGACACCAGUGGCUUGAAGUCCUUCAUCUUUAAAUACAGGUAUUGCACCAGGUCCUGUGGCACCAUGACACUAUUGUGGCCUUAAUUAUGUUUCAGCAUAGGAAUUCUCCCUCCCUUUGUGCGUGUUUAAAAAAGGAAAAAAGGACCCACAUGAACAGGAAACUGUGAAUUUGACUCAACAGCUAUGGCUGUUGAAUGCUAGACUUGCCUUAAGUGUGUAACAACAGAUUAAAUGGUUUCAGUCCGUUA